CGAAACUUAGUUGUAUCCAAAUUCAGUUGAAUCGAAGCAGCAAGGAUAUACGCGGGACCAAACUGGGAAAACCUAGAGCUGCUGUGAGCGGUGUACUUUGAUCCUAUCGUUUUACGUAAUUCAAGAUUACAGUCUGACGUGUUUUAAAAUGGAAAGUGCUGUUUACAAACUGAACGAAUAUGCGAAGAAACCAAGUGUUUUACUUAUAUAUGAGGACCUUGGCUCUGUUGGCCCAGACCACGAUAAAACAUUCACCCAGAGGGUGGUCCUGAAUGGUAAAGUCUAUCCUGAGGGUGUGGGGAAGACGAAAAAGGAAGCCAAGCAAGAUGCUGCUAAAAAUGCCCUGAGAGACGCACAUCAGGAGGGCGCACAUCAGUCUGCAGUUGAGAAUUACAACCCUACAUCAGCUCAACAAAAGAAGGAACCAAAUCAAAAUGAUUCUGAUAUAUGUAAUAAGACAAGAAGCCUCAGUGUCAACUCUCAGGACAACAGCUCUGAACAGAAUUUCAUUGGAUUAGUUGACCACUACUGUCAGAAAAAAAACCGCUGCCAUUCAUUCAUCGAAGACAGAAGAUGGGGACCAGCCCACGAGCCUCAAUUUUCCUACAGAUUAAUAAUCGAGCACAAGGAGUAUCCAGUGGCUGAGGGAAGGACUGCCAAGGAAGCCAAACAAAAGGCAGCUAAACUCGCCUGGGAUGCCCUUCAAGAGCAGUCAGACUGGGACAGCAAGGUGUCCGUCAGAUCAACAGUGUCUGAAGGUCGUGCAACGCCUGUGUUGUCAACGCCAUCAACUCCCCUGGGUUCGUAUAAGGCAUCAUCACAAAGAAAGUCGACGAGCACAAGUCACUCAAUAACAAUUGAGGAUUCAUUAAACCCUUCCCAAGCUCAGAUGCCCUUGGAGUCUGAAAAUGAUACCCCAACCAGGUUGUCAAAUUCACUAGAGUCUAUUGCAUCGUCACCAAGCAUGUCCACAGGUACAAGUGGCUCUGGAAUAUUCACCGAUUCAUCAAACUCUUCCAACGAUAAGCAUCCUGUCAAAGACAAGAACAUAGGAAAUACUGAAAAUCAGACAUCCACCCUUUCAAAGUUUACUUCAGAAUUUGAUAUCAUGGAGCGUCUUGGAAGGGGAGCCUAUGGUUAUGUUUACGAAGCAAGACACAAACUGCUGAAGAAGUGUUUUGCUGUAAAGAUUGUCCGCAGUAACGAGAAAGCUCUUCGAGAGGUGGGGACACUGUCAGACCUUCUCCACUGUAACAUCGUCAGAUACUACACAUGUUGGCUGGAGGAUUCAGGAUACCAAGGUCACAUUACAGCUGGAAACUCAGAUGGCAGUUUCAGCUCUUCCCAGUCUAUAGAAGAUCCAUCAGCAAAGUACCUCUAUAUUCAGAUGGAGUUAUGCAAAACAAAAACACUUACAAAGUGGAUAGAAGAGAAGAACACUCAGUCUCUGCAAGACUCCAAGAGAAGACAAGAAAGUGUAACCAUUGCUCAGCAAAUAGUCAGUGGAGUCGAAUAUAUUCACUGCAAGGGACACUUCCACAGGGACCUUAAGGUAAGUCUGCCGUGCAUAUCUGAGGGAAAUGUUGAUAUACCUACAGUAUAUUACAUUACAUGUCACUUGUUAGACACUUUAACGCAAAGCGACUUACAUAAUUUCAAUACUGUGGGCAAUCCCCACACAGGAGCAAUUUGGGUUGUCUUGCCCAACGACAUAGCGGAAUGCUGACUGCUGCAGGAUUUAACGAGUCCCCCCCGAUCCGAAGAUCAGCGCACUCACUUUAGGUGUUUGGGCAUUUUAUAUGCUUCAUGAAAGCCUCAGAUCAUACAAUUAUUGAAUAGGAUUGAGUACGCUUCAAUUAUUUGUAUUAGAUUAUCAUAUUAUGAAACGUGAGUGAUAAUAAUAAAGUGAAAACAUUGAAGAAUAAUGGUACGUAGGAUUUUCUCUUUGUGCUUUGAAAUCAACUACACAAACAUUAUUAGGCUGUUAAUUGAUCAAUAGACCCUUACCUAUUUGCUGCCCAAGGCAAGAUUUGAGCUGGCGCCGAUAUGAAAAAGAUCUUUAUACAAUUAAAUAAUCAAAGAAUCCUUGAAAUAUGGCCAUAACAAACCACAGCCAAUACAAAUGUAACUUGUUUAUUUUAUUUUUGUUGUUCAUUAAUAGUGGUGAGAAUGCAGGACCUCUACCUCCUGUCUCAGAGCCUCUCCUCUCUCUCCCCUCUCUCCCCCUCCUGUGAAGCAGUAAACAACAAUUUUAAAGUCUAUCUUAUCUUAUGUUACCUAGUUCAGUCAGACAACUCACGUGUUCCUUUAACAUGUUUAUUAGAAGCAGCAUAUAGUUGAGUUUGGCGACUAGGCUCGGGC